AUGGAUUUUAUUAUUAUUAUUAUUAUUAUUAUUAUUAUUAUUAUUAUUAUUAUUAUAAACAAUAUUUGCUUUGAAAAAGGAGAUUUAGUUCCCUUUCGUAAAUCACCCUUGCACGACCAAGCUGCUCCGCAUGCCACCCCCCACCCCAACCACCGAUUGGCAUCCUCACGCGGCCGCGCUCGCCCCCAGGUGGAGGAGGACUGGAAGUACGCUGUUCCUCUGGCUGUUCACCCUCAAUCAAUCCUGCCAGGCGCCGUCCGCUGUAAACCGAACCAACGCAGCCACGACAUCAAGUAA